CCUCUCUAUCUCACACUCCUGCAGACUGGAGUGGAGUCCAAAAGAGGAAGGUUUAGCAUUUUGCUUACGGCUUUAGAAGAUUAACGGAUUAACUCCAAACCCAGACAAUUAUGGCCAGAUCGGUAAGAUCUUCAACUCGUCUUCUUUAUGCUCUAUGCUCAGAGAACACUCUUUCCUCUUCUAUCUCAUUUUCGUCAUCGCCUUUUGCGGUUUUCGUAUUCGAAAAUGGCCAAAGACGGACAUUCUCUGCGGGGAAUUUGGCUAGAGCCAAGGAAGAAAAGGAAGCUUGGUGGAAGGAAGCCAUGGAGAAGCUUCGGAACAUUGGUAUUUCUGCACAUAUUGAUUCGGGUAAGACGACACUUACUGAACGGGUUCUGUUUUACACUGGAAGAAUUCACGAGAUUCAUGAGGUCAGAGGAAGAGAUGGUGUUGGUGCGAAGAUGGAUUCCAUGGAUUUAGAGAGAGAGAAGGGUAUAACGAUCCAAUCUGCUGCCACUUACUGUACCUGGAAAGAUUAUCAGGUUAAUAUAAUUGACACUCCAGGCCAUGUCGAUUUCACCAUUGAAGUAGAAAGGGCUUUACGUGUUCUUGAUGGUGCCAUACUUGUCCUUUGUAGUGUUGGUGGUGUACAAAGUCAGUCUAUUACUGUUGAUCGGCAAAUGAGAAGAUAUGAAGUUCCUAGGGUUGCAUUUAUUAACAAACUUGAUCGUAUGGGAGCAGACCCAUGGAAGGUCCUCAACCAGGCAAGGUCUAAACUCCGACAUCAUAGUGCAGCAGUGCAAGUUCCUAUUGGAUUGGAAGAGGAAUUUCAGGGUCUUGUGGACCUUGUCCAGUUAAAAGCUUAUUACUUUCAUGGUUCCAGUGGUGAAAAUAUUGUCAUCUCAGACAUUCCUACCAAUAUGGAGGCUUUAGUUGCAGAAAAGCGGCGUGAACUAAUAGAAGUGGUGUCUGAGGUUGAUGAUCAACUUGCUGAAGCUUUUCUUAAUGAUGAACCUGUAUCGUCCAGUGAUCUUGAGAUGGCAAUCCGCAGGGCUACAAUAGCACGGAAAUUUGUACCAGUAUUCAUGGGUAGCGCAUUCAAAAACAAGGGAGUACAACCUCUGCUUGAUGGGGUGAUUAGUUAUUUGCCAUGUCCAAUUGAAGUUAGUAACUAUGCUCUUGACCAAACCAAGAACGAAGAGAAGGUUAUAUUAUCUGGAACUCCAGUUGGACCUCUUGUUGCAUUAGCUUUCAAGUUGGAAGAAGGGCGUUUUGGUCAGUUGACUUAUUUAAGGAUCUAUGAAGGUGUAAUCCGAAAGGGUGACUUUAUAAUCAACGUAAACACUGGCAAGAAAAUUAAGGUUCCUCGUUUGGUUCGGAUGCAUUCUGACGAGAUGGAGGACAUUCAAGAGGCACAUGCUGGGCAAAUAGUUGCUGUAUUUGGUGUGGAUUGUGCAUCAGGAGACACCUUUACUGAUGGAUCAGUUAAAUACACUAUGACUUCUAUGAGUGUCCCUGAGCCAGUAAUGUCAUUGGCUGUUUCACCUGUAUCCAAAGAUUCUGGUGGACAAUUUUCAAAGGCACUGAAUCGCUUUCAGAGAGAGGAUCCAACUUUUCGUGUUGGUUUGGAUGCUGAGAGUGGGCAGACAAUAAUUUCGGGAAUGGGAGAGCUACAUUUGGACAUUUACGUUGAGCGCAUGAGGAGGGAAUAUAAGGUUGAUGCAACUGUUGGAAAGCCUCGUGUUAACUUCAGAGAGACUGUUACUCAGCGUGCUGAAUUUGAUUAUUUGCAUAAGAAGCAAACUGGAGGACAGGGUCAAUAUGGAAGAGUAUGCGGGUACAUUGAGCCACUUCCAGCUGGUUCACCAACCAAGUUUGAGUUUGAGAACAUGAUUAUAGGACAAGCCAUCCCAUCAAACUUUAUUCCAGCAAUUGAGAAGGGUUUUAAAGAAGCAGCUAACUCGGGUUCAUUGAUAGGGCAUCCAAUUGAAAAUAUGCGGGUAGUUUUGACAGAUGGUGCAUCCCAUGCAGUGGAUUCCAGUGAACUAGCAUUUAAACUGGCAUCAAUAUAUGCACUUAGACAGUGCUAUGCUGCAGCAAAGCCUGUGAUAUUGGAACCAGUGAUGUUGGUUGAAUUGAAAGCUCCAACAGAAUUCCAGGGUACUGUUACUGGUGAUAUUAACAAGAGGAAAGGUGUGAUCGUUGGAAAUGAUCAGGAGGGGGAUGACUGUGUAAUCACUGCAAAUGUACCCCUGAACAAUAUGUUUGGAUAUUCCACGUCCCUUCGAUCAAUGACACAGGGAAAAGGUGAAUUCACAAUGGAAUACAAAGAGCAUUCACCUGUUUCUCAGGACGUACAAAUGCAGCUGGUGAACACUUACAAAGCCAGCAGGGGAGCAGAGUAGCCAGCCUUUAUCAAGAAAAGCUUAUGCUUCUAUAUUUUUUGUGCGUUUUGAGUUUGUAUACUAUAAAAUUCAGUGAGUUUGCACCUCCCC